AUGUCGGGCCGCGCGGGGCCGGGCUGGCGCCGCGGGCGGCUGGGCUCGGCCCCGGCCCCGGCCCCCGGCCGCAGGCGGCUGAAGCCGCUGCGCACGGUGGUGGCGUGGAGGGGCCGGGCGGAGUGGGACCAGGUGAUGGUGGGGCUGUACUGCGGAGACAGCCGGCUGCAGCAGGACGCGCUGGACCGGGUGUCGGCCUGGAAGAGCCGUUAUGGUCAAAAAAUGCCUCUUGCAGUGGAUUGCACUGCAGAACUGAUUCGUUGCAAGGUCCUGGAUUCAUCUGGCAGAUUGAAGUCACACGAGCUCAUCCUCUCUUAUGGGCUGGCUCUUGUAAGGUUUGUCAACUUGAUCACAGAAAGGAAACAGAAGAUGGCCAGCAUUCCUCUGAGACAAUUAGCCAGAGAGGUGGAUAUCCCCAUCUGGGUUGUGGACCUGCGUCACGAGCUGACCCACGGGAAGCUGCCGCGGCUGGCCCUGUGCCGCAAGGGUUGUGAUGUUGUGCUGGACUGGCUACGAAAGACAUAUUGGAGCCGUCAGCUGGGCAAUAACUUGUGUGAAGAAAGUGAGGAUGAGGAUGAGGAAGAGGAGGAAGCAAACACAGAGUUGGGCAAUGAUGCAUGGGAGAUUCAAACCCCGCAGCAUGAGGCCUGUCAGAAACACAAAGAAUUCCACGAAAAAGUCAGAGAUAUUCUGAUAUCUUACAAGAAUGAGCAGUUUCGGGUUAUGCAGACUAUGCAGUCUGCUUCAAAGUCUCGAGAAUUGUGGUCUGAUUCCUCUUCAGAAAUGGAUUGGAUUUUGGCUCAGAUCAAAGACCUGAUGCAGGAAAACAGGGAAUCAGUGGCUGAAGCUCUUCUCAGUGAUGGCUUUCUCAUCCCAAAGAUGGAUUGUCUGAAGUUGCUAAAUAUCAAGUAUGAAGCAAAUAAAGAGGUAUGGCAGUUCAAAAUUCCUCAGACCUUUUACUGCUUUUGGCAACCUUUGCUGACAGGCCUUCUUUCACGAAGUUUUACACAGAUCCUAAUAGAGAAGAUGUUUAUGGAGCUGAAGGAAUGUUCUGACUCUUCAGAACUCAGGCAUCAGUUCUUGAUCAGCUGGAUUUCUGAGUUGCUGACUGGCAUUGCCAAAGUAAAUGCUGGGAAGAAAAGACAGCACUGUAACAAACAGGUGUCGGUGAAGGAGCUGUUCCUCCAUAAAGUUCCUUUGCAGUGGAUAAGACUGACUGACAGUUGCUUGGAAGCUCCCUGCUGGGCAACCCCACAUCUUCUUCAGCUGAUCCUCACAGUCAUGAGACCUCGCUUGUCACGUACUUCUCGGAAGAACCUUCUCUAUCUUGCUUCCAUUUACACAGAAGGAGGUGCCCCUUUGUCCAGUCCAGGCCUCUCUUCAGACAGCAGUGAACAUCCAAUUUACACUAUAGAGAGCUUACAGUGGAGAGUCAGGCAGGAAAAUCAGGUUAAAAAUCAAGGGCAGACUGUAGAGAAAGAAGAUGAUGUGCUGGAGAGAGAUGAUGGUGUAGAGGAAGCGGAGGAGGAGGAAGAAGAGAUGGUAACUGAAACAAAUCCUUUGGAAGGACUGGCUCAUCCUGGUAACAUGGCGGCUGUUGCUGAGAGAAGAGCAGCACUGCAAGGGUCCGCCUGGCAGAUCACUGCAGAUGAAGUACAAUGGAAAGACUUUCCUCUUGGGAAACUCCCAGGUCAGACAGAUGACCCUGAUGGUCUCAUGUUGGAUAAUUAUUCUAUGAUGUCCCUGCUUGAUCAGCCAGUGAGAGAUGAGUGGAAGACUCUCCAUACGAACUCUGCAGAAUUGAAAAUUCAUGGGACAGGAGGAUUGUUAUGGACCCAGAAUGACUUCCAUAAAAUAAAAAGUGGCCUUCAACUUUUCUGAGACAGCAUCAGAGUGCUCUGUGACUUUCAGUAUUGCACAAGUUAAGUGGGAUGGAAGAACUAGUAAUGGUGGUGGGGAAAUAAUUUGUUGUUGUUGUUGUUGUGAUUUACUGAUUUUUACCGUAUAAAAUCAGUGUUUUAUAAAGGUGGUUUAAGUUCCAUGUAUAGUAACCAUUGUCUUGCUUAACCACUGUCAUGAACCUUUAGCUGUAGCUGAUGUUUGCCAAAUACAGUUAAGAGUAGUUUGGAAUCCCUCAAGGUUCCUUAAUUUUUUCAUAGUUAAUAAAUGCAACUGACUUUGAAGACAAACCUUCCUCAUGGUUCCUGUUUCUCCAUUCUCACUCAGGUAUUCUAGAAAGUGUCCUCUGGUCCUCAUUAGCCAGACUGUUGAGCUGAUAUUGUCCUGCAGGAGUGAUUUUGCCAAGAUAAGAUUAUGCUACAGUUUUCACCUAGCUGGGAUUUCACACAGAGCUUCAGGGAUCAGGCCCGGCUAUAGCAUGGCUGAAUGCACUGUGGUGCACAAAUACCUUCCAGCUGGUUUUGUCGCCAUUUUUCUCAAGUGAUGAUCUUGAGGCCAUUACUGUCUCUUUUUCAAUGAAGUUUUUUGCUUGAUGUUACUUUUGUUCACAGUUUUGCUAAGGUUCAUAACCAGUACUGUGGUCUCUGCUGAGAGCUGGUAUGAUUACUGCAGAAAUGGACCCGAGUGAGUGCCCUGUUGAAAAGUUACUGAGAAAAAUGGCUUCCAGAUAGUUUUUCCUAAAUUCACUUUUCUUUACCUGUAUAACAGGUUCUCAAAACUUGGAGGCUUGUGCAAUUACCUGUAAAAAACCCCAGGAGUUUUAAGUAUGUAUUUAUUGCAGGACUCCUCAAUAAGGGUUUGUUAGAGUGCAUCUGCUAGAGGGUAAUACAGAGGCUUUCCUGGAGUCAGUCUAAUAAUUUGAUGUUUUACAAACUAAUCAGAAAGAGGAACAUGUUAGUAGAAAGGACACACAGCUUUAGCAGUACUUUGCAUAGGACUGAAAUGCAUGUUUAGAACAGCAAAUUCAUGGAUGCUUUGGGCUGCUCUCAAGUAAAGGCUUAGCUAGAUAUCCA